AUGAAAAAUGAAAAUUUAUUAAAAGACUUGAACUGGUUGGACCCUAGAAGUUUUGCAGUAUUUAACAACACUGAAUUAUUGCCUGUAAUACUAUCAGCUUUGAGUACUAUAUGUAAAAUAUCUGGACUGAAUCAUCAAGUAAUCUUAACAGAAUUGAAACAAUUUUCCAGUCAAUAUGAACAUUUUAUACCACAAAUACCUAAAUAUACUACCGAUUGUGAUUCAGAAGAUAAGUUACUUUUAAGAAAUGAAGAUGUGAGUGAUGAAGAUAAUGAUGAAAUAUCAAAAUCAGUAAAUUGCAAUAAGUGUAACAAAUGUAUUCACUGUGCAUUUUUAAUUGUACGAGAAUUAUCAUGCCAGUCAAAUUUAUUUUCAAAUUUAUUUGUUAUAUAUAAGUUUGCUUUGUUGUUGCCAUCAACACAAACAACUUGCGAAAGGGUAUUUUCAAAGCUUAAAUGUAUAAAAACGAAACUUCGCUCAACGUUACAUUAA